CCCGAUCUCGUGAACUAUUUUUCGCAGAUACUGUUGGGUCUCGUGCAAACAGUGAAUUUCUGGGGGAGACAGAAAUCACCACAUUGGGUGGCAUGGGAUGGAAGAAAGCAUCUGCUGCACACAGAAUUCUGAAAUCGAUGAUCUAUAAAACGAAGGACUAUCCGCAGAAGGGAAACAAGUCACCCUCCAGGUCCAGGAUGCCGGUUCUGCCACGCUGCCCAGCCAUCAGCCUCCGAGAACCCCAUGAAGGAAGGAAAAGAUUCCCCCCUGUAUCCGGGACACAUCCCCACCAGCCCUCUGCAAAAAGGCCUGCUGGCAGCCGGCUCCGCAUUCAUGGCACUCUACAACCCCUACCGGCAUGAUAUGGUGGCUGUCCUUGGGGAGACCACGGGAUAUCUGGCUCUGCAGAACCUCCGGGAGAAGAUGAGGAAAGACCCCGAGGGACGUCGCAUCCUGCAAGAGCGACCUCGGAUAAGCCUCUCCACAGUGGACAUCGCAGGACUUCGAGCGCUUCCAGAUGGGACCUUCGGCCGGGAAUAUGUUCGGUUUUUGGAUGAUAAUAGGGUCUCUCCAGACACGAGGAUGCCGGUCAAGUUCGUCGACGACGAAGAGCUGGCCUACGUGAUUCAGCGGUACCGAGAGGUCCACGAUCUGAUGCACACGCUGCUUGGCAUGCGCACCAACAUGCUGGGGGAAAUUGUGGUCAAAUGGUUUGAGGCUGUCCAGACUGGCCUGCCCAUGUGCAUUCUGGGAGCUGUGUUUGGUCCUGUCCGCCUGAAUCCCCGGAAGCUGUUGAUCUUGACCACAGAGCUCAUUCCAUGGGCCGUGCGGAGCGGAAGCCAUGCCAGCUGCAUCCUGAACGUCUAUUACGAGGAGCGAUGGGAACAGACAGUGGAGGGCCUUCGCCGCGAAAUCGGGAUUCUGCCGCGCCCGGUGAUCCAAGGCUAAAUCUGCAGCAGGGACCGGACGAGCUGAGGAAGCCCACUGACGAAACUCUUGGGCAUCACGCACUAGACUUCAAUCCACAGACGUGUGAAUCAGACGGCAGUGGCUAACGUGUUUACCCCCAAAAGAAGAGACAAUCCUGUGCUGGUUUAGGAAGGAAAAAGGCUGCGUGCCCGGCCAGAGCAGGGGAUUGUAUGCCUUUUUCCUAUCUAAACUUCCAUAGGAUUCUGCCCUCAAAAGCCCUCCAGACAAGACACACCUGGUUCAAAAAGCAGCAUCCAUUCAAAAUCAAAAGCAGAACAAUUGCGUUAGAGCAGAGCAAAAGCAGCAGUGCACCAGCUCAGCACGGCAACAAACUUCAGGUCGUUCAUUGCGUGAGUUGAGAUUAGUAAGGGAUGACAAUGAGUCGCCUGACGGUCCUCUCAUCUCCCCUUCCAACACCCCUGCGAGGUAGUCUCCUGGCAUUCCCAUCGGACAGACUAGGAAACGGCAGCUAGAUUGAGGCUGCCCAGUGACUUCUGGAAGAGCUGGGAUUUGAACCCAGCCGACCUCCCGGAGCUGGGCCCUUGCCUCCGGCUCGGUGCUGCUGUCGAAAUGUCUGGGAAUUCGGCCACCUGCGGCCUCUCUGGCGGUCUUGCAGUCAGUCUCACAUGGGCUCGGUUCCCGAGAGGUGCCAGGCCACUCGCUCCUGCCUCAGACGCUCCUUGCGAGAGGCCCCGGGCCGUUCCCUCCCAGGAAGAUCAGAGGAGGGUCGGGCAGACUGCAUCUCCCAUCACGGAUAUGGACACACAGCCCAACAGCCGUCACUGUUGCAGAGGACCGGAGCUGCAUCCGGUCCCUGAUAAGCCCUCGAUGCAGGUGAGGGGCUUCAAGGGGUCUGCUGGCCUUUUGGGGUGCCUGCAGUGCAGCCAGACCCCUCUGCGCAGGAUAUCCCAGUUCAGGUUGGUUGUGGGUUGUGCCACGUGCUCUUUUCUGCCCUACCACUAGGUGGCAGCAGGUCUCCGGAAGCCCAGGUGCUGCCUUGGUUAAGCAGCGUACCGGAUUUCAUUGAUGCUCUCUCUGACUCCGAUAGUCUGAAAUGCUUGUCCGGCUGGAUUCCAUUCCCACAGCAGCCUUAAUCCCCAUUGCAAAACAGAGGCGAUUGCAAUAUAUCCCACAGCUGGUGAA